UAGCCUCAUUGAUCAUCACUAACAAAUACUCACUUCACUCAUCAUGGGAGCAUCAACUAAGGCAUUGUGCUUGCUAGGCAUCCUCCUCCUUUCGCUCUCGAUCUCCUCCAACGGCGCCGGCGAGUGCCCGAGAUCGACCCCGGACAACGAGGCCAUGAAGCUGGCGCCAUGCGCGUCCGCGGCGCAGGACGCAGACGCGGCCGUCCCGAGCAGCUGCUGCGCUCAGGUGAAGAAGUUGGGACAGAACCCCAAAUGCCUCUGCGCUGUGAUGCUCUCUAACAUGGCCAAAAUGGCUGGAAUCAAUCCUGAGAUUGCCAUUGGAAUCCCCAAACGUUGCAACCUUGCUGAUAGGCCAGUUGGCUACAAGUGUGGAGCAUACACGUUGCCGUGAGUCGUGAAGAUGUGGAUAUGAAGUUUAAUGGCAGAAGCAGUGUUGUUGAUUGUACUGUGAUUGUUGUAUCAGUGUUAUCACUUAAGUGUGUGUGCUUCCUACGUCAUGUUAAAUAAAAUAAAGUGUUUUAUCUAAA